AUGCUCGGUAAAAUCCUUGUAGUUUUGGUCUCUUUUCUUCCCUGCUUUCUUGCUGCUAGCCAUGGUGAGUAUUUCAUGUUAUGAACUUUUAUUGGAUUUUAUUCUAAGCUAGCUUUCUAUGCUGUAUCUUUCCUAGUUAAGAAAAUUAUUAUUCUGCCUUAUUCGAGUUUGUAGAAUUGGCUCUAGAUAAUUCAACUUUAUCGACACCUUUCAAAACUGAGCACCAUAGGUGGAUUAUUUUAACAUGUUCUACAUGUGUUACCCCUUUUUCUGACAUUAACAAACAUUAAUUCUAUCGGGCAAACUUCAGGUUUUCUAGUUGUUCCACUUGAUUGGAUAUAGUAGAAACUUGAACCCCCGGUAAUUGAGCGAUGCAUGAAAUUAGAAGUAUUAUAUGAUGGAUUAAGUCUUGGCAAGAGAAAAGGAAGCGCUCUCUUGAUCGCGGUUAACCUUCAGACAAACAAAAUGAAGCAAAAGAUUUAAAAAUAAAUGAAUCACUGAGGUAACUUGGGCGUUGCUGUCAUUAGCGUGCUCGCAUUGAAAGAAAAACAAAUAUUUUGCAUGUUGAGUUAUCUUGUAAACAUCACUUAAACAUUCGUUAGAUAUUGCAUCUUUUCGCCUCUCAGUAAGCCUAAUUUUAGUUAAUUUUUUCCCUCAAUUUGGGGAGAUAAACCACUUCUGGAAAUUAAGAUGCUUAAAUCAAUCUUAAACUGCUUUCCGCUGCCGUUAUUUUAGAUUCCAACUGUAAUAUUUACUCUAUUGCCAACUGAAAGAUAUUACACUCAUGUGAUGAUGAAAAUAGAACAAAAAUAUAAUUUUCUAUCACAAGAACCAAAGGGGUGCUCCAAGACCCAUCCCUUUUCCUUUCUUUUCAUUUUAUUUUAUUAAUUUCUUUCGGAACAUAGAAAUAUUUCUGAAACCAUAGAACUAAAUAAUCCAGUUAUAUUUAUGAAUGGCAAAUACUUACAGAGUACCUAUUACGAUUUGACCUGUGAAUUGAAAUAUUACGAUGUUACAGGAGCCCAUCAGUGAUGGGCUCCUGGAUGUUAGGGGCGAACUUCUUGAUUGGAGAGACUCAGUUGAUACAAAUAGAAUGCCGAGAGGAAAGCAAAUUGAAUUACUGUCCACUUUGAAUAAAUACAAAGUUGAACUCUGCGCGAAAGAAAAAUAGUGAGAAUGUAGUUCCUCAAUCGAAGGAAAUCGAAUAAAUGAUACAAAAGGAAUCCAUGCGUAAGAAAAUGAUCAUUUUUUUGCGCCAUUACUUUGUGUUACCAUUAGGGAUUCAUCAUCAUCUUGUAGUGAGUACAUUUUCUGUCUUUCUUCCCAAUAAAUACCUCUAUGAAAUAAACUUAAAACCUCAAAUAAUUCAUUCUUUUACUUUGUAAUAACAGCAAACAUAUUAUUUGCAUUUGAUCGAUUCGCAGAGGGCAACAUCAAAGGCGAUCAAAUUUACUGAUACCGUAUCUUCUCGGCUUCAACAUUGCAUUACGGCAAAAAUCGAUCACCGGAAACCAAACCAAUAUUUACAGAUGAAUGUGGUGAUUCACAACGAUAAAUAUACGUAAUUAAUGACUAGAGAUGAUAGGGAACAAUCGAAAUCCGAUUUAACGAUAUAAAUCGCAUUGAAGAAAAGCAAUGCUCUGAGCGUAAAUAGUAUUGUUUUGUUCUUCUUGUUGUUGUUUUUUUUAGGGGACGCGCGUUUUAUUCCCAGUGAUACACGAAAAUAAUAAUACUUAGCUUUGGUAUAAAUCUACUAGGGCUUUAUAAUAAAUUCUGCAAUCGCAUUGGCUGACUCCUCGCUAGCUCGAACUUUCUAUCGUGUAAUAAUUGAUAAGGAAGAUGGCUGAAUCAACUAUUAAUUACCUUAAAUCUUUCCGCGUGCGAAAUAACCAGCGUCCUCCAGUGCUAAUAAUGAGGGCUACUCGCACACUUUUAUUUAUUGAUUCAUUUUUCACUAUACAUUCAUCAAUUUAUUUUCACUAGUUAAGGUAUAGAUAAUAAUAUUCCUUGUCUUCAUUUAUCUCUCUAUAGGAACACCAUGGAAGUAUGGAAACACAGGUUCAGUAAGAGGCUGUUAAAAUGAAAUAGCACAGUCCAAUAGAUUUAGAGUCUAUGAAGAAUAUGUAGUAAUGACCAUCCAAUUUUCUACAGUCUAUCAUUUUUUCAUUAACCGAUUAAUUGAUUAUACGGUUUUUUCAUCAUUUCUGUUAUCAAAUUCUUUAUUGAUUUGUUUUUUUAAUCUGUUCAUUAUUUAUUUAUUUACACUUAUAAAUUUUAGUGCACAGUGGACACCAGACAGUUUAUGGCCCGAGGGAUUGGGUCCAAGUCUCACAUCACUGUGGAGAGAGAGCCCAGUCUCCCAUCAAUAUCGAUACUGUCCAAACAAAUAGUUUUGAAAAAUUAACUUUCCUAAAAGGGUUCAGCUUCAAGAUUGCAAACAUGUGGAGAAGUCUGAGAGGCAGAUUAUUCAACAAUGGUCAUGCACCUACUAUUAAGAUUGAGGCCGGUUUCGGUCUACUCUCCGGGGGUCCCUGGGGAAGCGCCCGCUAUAGACUUGCUCAACUUCAUCUCCACUUUGGUUGUAAGUCUAACCCAGGAGGUUCAGAGCAUACUCUAGAUGGUAUGCCAUUCUCGGGUGAGGUAAGUAGGCUACAAAAUCGUCUUCACUAUCACCAGCAUCAGCUCUAGCCUUACCCUUACCAUGAAAAUUUUCUUGGAAAUUUUUGUCCCAAUGCUCUUUCAACGGUAGGAUUCUUGGGUAGACGCAGUCGUCAGAAUCUGAUUAUCGAUUACCUCUCGUGAAAAAUUAUGGCAAAGCUUGUUACACAGACUCUGAGACAGGCAAAUGAACAACGUCAAAACAAAUUUGAUUUAGUACAAGCGUUGAGUCCCUCAACCAAACUGCAAAACUCCAGCAGAAAAAUCACACAACAUUUUAUCCUAUUUUUGCAUAUAGAGGCGUUAAUUUGCUUUUGAUCCUAUCUUUUUUUUCUCAAUUUCAGCUUCAUUUGGUGUUUUAUAACAUAAAGUACGCUGACUUUGACGCUGCCGCUGACAAGCCAGAUGGUUUAACUGUCAUCGCCGCUUUUCUGGAGGUAAAUAUUCCCUUCUAGAGAAGGAUGUUUUAUGUCCUGUCACAAGCGUAGGAGAAAGAAAAAAUUCUGAAUCCUCAUAAGGAAUCGAAUAUCAACACCUUCGGAUUCCGCGCUCCGAUGCUCUACCACUGAGCCACAGAGACUCUAUGGUAAGCGAGGCCUAUUACGAAGUUCAUAUGACACGUGUCUUGCAUACUGCUAAGAUACUGCUAGGAUCAGCGAUGUCAAUGUAUUCCCUUGCAAUUACCCCUUUUUUUAUUAAAGUAAAGCAGAUUCUUCUGCAACUUGCUCUUUACUAUUUCGCUUUAAAAUAUAGCAAAAUCGUUUGGGCGUAUCAAAUCCGGAACUUGGAAAGAUAGCACAUUUGUUGAGGAACAUGGCCAGAGGCGAUCGAGGUGUGAUUAUGGCUUCUAAUCUUCCACUUUGCUUUGUUUUGUUGUUAUUAUCGUUGUUAUCAUUGUUAUUGUUGUUGUUGUUGUUAUUUCGUAAGAUCAAUUUAGUUUCUUUUUUGAUUUUAAGAAAUAAAGCACGUUUGUUACAUUUUUUAUAUAAAAGUCGAGUGUUAAUGAUAUACUUUACGUCUAAACGUCAUAAUUCAAACUCGUGUGGUGAGGCAAUCAAAUUAAAGUGUAUGGUCUCUGUACAUACAGUGAGUACCUCGUCAUGAGCUUGUGACCUCAGUCGUAAAGAAAAAUUAGAGCUGCAGGAAGAGCGACCUAUUAUAAAAUAAAACAUCCAAAUCUGUAUUAUUUUUGUCUUCGCAAGAUGUGUGAAGGGAUGUUACUAACUCUUUGCACGACACGUGACUUUUACUUGUUUGAUUAUAAUUGUAAUCGAUUGUAAUGUUGACUGACAAUGUUAAAAGAUAGAAAAAUACAUACAGACAGCCAUCAUUUAUUUUUUUAAAAAUUGUGCUAUCUUUUUCUCCCUUAUCUUUUUAGAGGAAAACGAAAGGAAUUUACUGGAUCUAAAUCUGUACUCUCUGGUGCCACAGCUGACGGAUCUGUCUAUGACACCAUUUUUCUCGUACAAGGGAUCUCUGACAACCCCUCCCUGUUAUCAGUCUGUUAACUGGAUUGUACUCGGUCAGUUCAUCCCGGCAAGUACCUACGUGGUGAGAUUACAUGAUAACCUUACAAUUAACUCUUCCCACCCUAACAUCAGGAUCCAAGAUCUCCAUACUGUUCUCUUUACGUUUCUCAUGGCACCUUCAAGAGGAAUUUCAGUAAUAACCAAGAGUCUCUUCACGUGGUGAUAAUUUCCUUUAUUCUUGUGACCUUUUUGUGUGAUACAGGGCUGAUUUUGUUGGAAGAAAUUAAAUAUUAGUCACCCUUUGGGGUCAAAGGCUUAAAACCGCACUGAUUCACCUUCUUCCUUCUUCCGCUAUUCUUGAUUUUUAUUCAGUCAUUUUUAAUUUUUUAUCAACAUUAAUCAAUUCGCUGUUUUUUUUCAUUUACUUGCUAUUUGUUGAUUUUCAGAUGGACGUCAUGAGAAGUCUGCGAAAUCAAGAGGGACACUCCUUGUGCAACGGUUCCAGGCCCCCUCAACCGCUAAAUGGCCGUGUCAUUCGCGGGUACAUGGGAUAGCUGCUUACGAGUUCAUAACAACCACUCUGCUUUAAAAGACGUAUCACCAUUUCUUUCUAAGCAUUCUGAAACAUUAUAGACCGGCUGCGACAAAACAGAGAAAACGAUUUCGUAAAAGGACAAAAUGUGCAACAUUUUCAUUUUCAGUCAUUUCAAGAGUAAAUACGCUUGUGUUUUUCAACCAACCCCGUUCCCACCGAUAACGUAGCUUCGUCUUUCUGUAUAUCCCCCACUAACGCAGCCACACAGUUUCUUUAGAAACUUACCCUCUUUUGUAUUCAAAUAAUUAAUUUUCAAAACCGUAAAAUCUCCGAAAGGUUACACACUUAACCUUGCAACUAAAAAACGAAGGCAUGUGCUCGAACAUCCGGGUAACUAAAACAAAACAUUAUUUUGUUCAUGCAAAAAACUCGUCGCGUCCAGCCCUGUUUAAGGGUAUAAAAGAGCAGCUUAUGAUAAGGCGACUUCAAAGGCCUUUGCUUAAUAUUUUCGUGGCCUCUCGAUAAGCCAAAUAACUUUACCAACAAAAAGCUCUCUCUUUUUGAAACAUCCACUUGCACUUUUGUAUCGUAAUCAAUCCACAUGUCUGAGAGAAACUACUUCGCAUCAUAUUAGAACAGUCGCCAAUAUACUGAUACAUUAUUGGCGCCACAAAUUCGCAACUAGAUAUGGAGGUACAAUACAUUCACAGCUAUUGUGCAUAAUGAAACUACUGUAAGUGUAAACAAACCUUCUUUUAAGUUUAUUUGGUGCAAGUUAAUCAGAGCGACACUCUUUCAAAUUCACAAUAGUUAUUAGAUAUGUUGAAUGUUAAAUAAAGCACCGC